AUGAAGACCAUCUUAAAGCUUCAAUUUAUGGUUCGUGGUCCAGUUUCUAACAACUUGAACAAGUGCUUGUACAUUGUAAAUAUUGGUAGCAAUGUCUACAUUAAUAAUUACUUCUCGCCACAAUUUUAUCCUUCAAAGAGGCUCUUCACCCCUGAUGAGUAUGCUAAUCGAUUAAUUGCUCGAUAUAGAUUACAAUUACGGACGCUUAAUAAUACUGGCGCUAGAAUGGUAGCAGUUUUCGGCAUUGGUCAACUAGGUUGCGUGCCGGCUCAAAUGAUUAUGAACAAUACAACUCAAUGCGUGGAUGAAGUUAACCAAGCCGCAAAUAUAUUCAAUACAAAGCUUGAAUUGCUUGUGGAUAAUUUCAAUGCAAGGCUUCCUGGGGCCAAAUUUACGCUCAUUAAUUUCUUCGCCUUCCAAGCUUUAAAUCCCCUUCCAGCAGAUAUCAAUACGAGCUCGCCUUGUUGCACAUUGAAUAUUGUUUUCGAGUGUGAGCCUCACAGUACACCAUGCGCCAAUCGGGACUUAUAUGUUUACUUUGACGGAGUUCAUCCAAGUGAUGUUAUGAAUGGAAUGGUAGCAGAAGCUGCAUAUAACACUUCAGAUCGUAGGAUCGCUCGUCCGAUGAAUAUCAAUCAAUUGACAAACAACUCAGAAGGGCCAAGCAACAUACUGAUGUGA